CUUUUAGCCCCGAUCCUUCAAUCAUGGCGUAUUUAGUCAACAAGGAUACAUUUUUCUGGCAUUCUGACCAGAAAAAUGAAGUGCCUUAUUCAUCAGAAUGCAACACAGCCCUGCAAGUUACUGGUUUUUAACGACAACACCUGGAGGCACUGUGUGGAAUAUUCAAAACAGUGGCAGACUUUGGAUGGAGAAGAAAAAAACAUUGCAAUCACGUAUCGAGAUGUGUUAGAAGGAACGAAGGAAGAAGCUUCAAAGGUGUAUGGAUAUCAUUCAAGGUGCUAUUCUCGAUUUUGUGAUAAGCAGCGUGUGGAAAGAGCUCAGAAGAGAGUUGCAAAGGAACCUGCCCCACCUGUCAAACUGCAGUCAACACCGUCACCUAAGAAGCGAUUACGGUCGCAUAAACCACUUUCAGCAGCUCAAUCUUCUACCACUGGUGUGAAAAGAGCUCAGAAGAGAGUUGCAAAGGAACCUGCCCCACCUGUCAAACCGCACUCAACACCGUCACCUAAGAAGCGAUUACGGUCGCAUAAACCACUUUCAGCAGCUCAAUCUUCUACCACUGGUGUUCUUCCUGCUAUUUGCUUGAUUUGUAAAAAAGUGGACGCAUAUAUUAAAGUAGUUGGUAAUAGAGUCAGAGACAAGUUGUCUAAAACACAAACACUAGAUGCAGGUUUAUUACGUGAAGCAGCCACAAAAAAAGAAAAUGAAUCUAUUUUAAAACAUAUUCGUGGUAAAGAUUGUGUUGCCAUCGAAGUACGAUAUCAUGAUUCCUGCUAUAAAAGAUAUGUUAGCUUUUUAAGUAGAAAGACUAGCAGUGUUAAAGAAGAUGAAUUACCUAUUUUUCACAGAACGUUUGAAGUUUUUGCCAAUGAUAUCAUUCGAACUAAAAUCAUCAAGGGAAGAGAAAUUAUGUACAUGUCAAAGCUCCUUCAUAUAUUUCAAAAUAUGGUCCGAAAAAUUGAAAAGCUUGAUGCUUCCAGUUUCAGGUCCUUUCAACUGAAACAGAAAUUACAGAAGUAUUUCCCACAGUUAAUUUUUCAUAGGCCUGCUAAACAUGUUAAAAGCGAAAUGGUAUUCAUUGAAGAUGAAUCCCAUCUAGAUAAAAUACAGUCUUCCACAAGUGAAACUGAAUCUGAAAAUACAGGUACUGAAACUGAAUCUGAAAAUACAGGGACUGAAACUGAAACUGACAAUACAGGGACUGAAACUACUCAGACUGCAACAGCUGUUAAAAAUACUUCAUUGGAUAGUGACACUUUACACUGUUUUUAUACAUGUGCUAUGAAAUUGCGAGGUGAAUUUCUAAAAACAAGUGGCUAUGAUGGACACUGGCCACCGUUAGGCUUAGAUUUUACCGUUGAAAAUGCAAAAUCAAUGAUUCCAGUAACCUUAUUUAAUCUUGUCGCAUGGGCGAUUGGUGCAUCUGAUGAACCAACUCUGGAAUAUUAUGUAGAAGUUGAUGAAGCUGUGAAUUUAAAACUAAUCUCUAUUCUUCAAGAUAUUGUGAGUCUUCAAUCUAAAGGCAGAAAACACAAGUCAUCUUUGUUAAUAUCAUUGAACUCGCUAUAACACAUAUUAACCGUAACAAAUUCAUUAUGGAUAUUUUGUACACUUUAGUCCAUGAAUGAUUUAGUAUAAUUAUAAAAAUCAAAAUCAACAUGUUUUAUUAAAUUUUAAAAUGACUUUGUAUAUAUGUUUUUACAUACCUAUUGUAUGCUGAUUCAAGCCUAUAAAUUCAUAUCUUAUCAACAGAGCUUGUACAUACUUGUUUUCCAUAUUCAUUUUCAUUAAAAUCAGAACUUUUGUCAAUUAAAGUCAUUACAGUAAUAUUUAAUGUUUAAUUUUUGAACUACAUGUAUUAAAAAUCUUAACUAUUUCUUUAUAUAUCAGACAUGUGCAGCAUACAUAUUUAUUUUAGUCUAUUAUGGUACAUUUUUUCUCAGUUGUUUGAUGUUAAUUAUCAAUGAAUUAGUGUAUGUGUAGUGUGUGUGUGUGUGAGAGUAUGUAAUAUAUAUAUAUGUGUAUAUUUAUGUAUUUGAUUUAUUAUUGUAAUUUCAUUAUGUUUUGAUUAUAAUAUUUAUAUCUGUUUGUAUUUUUUUUUUUUUUUUUUUUGAGAGUGGGGUUGCCU